AUGCAGACACCCUUGGCAGGCAGUUUCACAAGCUGCAGUACCGAGACCUUGUUCCCUUACAUCAAAGACAACGUGAAGGAAUAUCUGCGCACUCACUGGGAGGAGGAGGAGUGCCAGCGGGACGUCGGACUUCUGAGGAAACAGGCACAGGAGGACUCCAAUUUGGACGGGGCCGUGCCAAUCCCUUUGGAGAGUGGAAGCGGGGAAGAGGAGCUGGAGCGGGUCAUCCAGGCGGUCGUUGACAAUGUGCACUGGCAGAUGUCUCUGGACAGGAAGACCACAGCACUGAAGCAGCUGCAGGGCCACAUGUGGAGGGCAGCCUAUGCAACUGGGCAUGUCAAAGGAGAAAUCUUCGAAGAUGUGGUUCCAGCUAUCCGGAAGUGGCGGGAAGCGGGGAUGAAGGUCUAUAUCUACUCCUCGGGCAGCAUUGAAGCCCAGAAGCUUCUGUUCGGAUACUCUACAGAAGGUGAUAUCCUAGAGCUCUUUGAUGGCCACUUUGAUACCAAAAUAGGCCCCAAGGUAGAAAGUGAGAGCUACAGAAGGAUUGCCGCCAGUAUUGGGUGCGCCACCAACAACAUCCUUUUCCUGACGGAUGUCCCUCGAGAAGCCAACGCAGCCGAGGAAGCGGAUACUCACGUGGCUGUGGUGAUCAGACCAGGCAACGCAGGACUGACGGAUGAUGAGAAGUCAUAUUACAGCCUCAUCUCAUCUUUCACUGAACUUUUCCUGCCUUCCUCCACUUAGGGAAAGCAGUGUACACACAAAAGUCUGCUUCACCUGAAUUGUCCUUGUGUAAUGUUAGGUAAUUUUGUCCAAAAUCAGAAUUUAAAAACCAAACCCACAUCAUGGCUUGGACCCGUGACUAGUGCAGGCAGGUAUGGAUGGAGAGUAUGGUGUGGGGUCCCUUUUGCAGUAGGAUGGAGGCCUGCAGUAGCCAGCUGGAGCUGGGAACAGGGUGAGGAGCAGCACCCAUGAGCCCUGCUGUUCCUCGCCUUCCCCAGCUGGCAAUUAGUUCAGGGGGUGCUUCCUUCAGACUCACCCAUUGAAAUCUGGUGCUGAGAUGCCCCACCGUGAGCUCUGUCAUUUUUAGAAACAGUCUGCAAACAAGGUGUAUGUCCCCCUGUCCCAGAGGGACCCCUGAGGACCAUGAGCGGAUAUGACCAUCUCCCUGCAGACAGGGUUGCUGGCUAAGUAAAAAUUUUCGAAGUUAGGGGGGCUAGGAUGCCCAAAGGAAAAUGCCAAACGUGGGCUAUAAUACCCACAUUUUGGGGGUUUGGGCUGCCACAGAAAAAAACAGUCCUUGCUGCAGGCAAGCUCUUUAGACCGGGAAUAACUUAAAUCUUAGCUAUAUCCACAGCAGGUCUGUGUACAAAACUGUACAACUUCCGUAUGGAAGCUGCUUAGAGCUACACAGCCAGCUUACCAAAGUGGAGUAUAUACAACUUUAAAAAUUAAAUUCUAGACCCACCUCACUGCUGCAUCAUGGUGCUGGGCUAUGGGAUCCAACUGGCUGAACACCAAAGUCCGCUUGACUGUGUUUCUGAAGUAUCUCCCUUAGCACCAACCCAUGGAGCAACUUCUCAGUAGCCAACACCACCCUGUCACGCACUCAUAGCACUGGUCAGCUGUGAUCAAACCUUGACAAACAACUGCAUCCUGCUGCAUUUAAUGAGAAUUAAAACCCUGACCUUUUCACCCACCCUACCUAAAUUGUGCCAAUUUAUAUCAGAUGGUCAUGGAGCUUUUCCUAAUGUAGCAAAUAAAAACACAACUUUGCUUUCAUUGUGUUCAUCCCAGUAUUUAGCCUUCCCGUCUAUCACCAGUGAUCCCAGCACCUAAAGGGAAAUCUUUUUUUUUUUAAACCUGUGACCAGGGCUUUCGCCCUCCUGUGUCCUUUCUUUAAGGCAGACAACCCUGUCCUGCCAAGGAAUCUGUAUUACCUCCCUGACUGUCUUACAGUUUCAGCAGGGGCUCAGUGGGGGUGCAGGAGUGAGAGCCACAGCUAGGUUAUGCCUAGUAACAGAGGUAGAGGCAAUCUGAAACCCCAGUUCCCUGCUGCUGGCAUUUCGUGCAUGGGUGUCACUUGCUACUUACUCAUUUCUACACGGCUGCACUUGAGCUUGCUCUCAGAGACGGCCAAAAUAGAAUACUAAUGCGCGUGUUGCCUUCCUGAGCUCCGAUCUACACCUACAGCUGUCCCUUUUGAGGGAUGCUGCUGUUAGAGAACAAGCAAGAGACAAGCUGUUUGGGAGGAAACCACAUCAUACCAGCAUUGUCCUUCUAUGACUUUGAUGGUAGCAGGUAAGGCUGUGAGGCAGCUAGCCUGGAUGCCUUUCUGGGCUGUGUAAUGAGUGUGACCCUCCUCCUAGAAAGCACCUACUAAUUAGCAGUUUUACAGUAAGUGUAUCUGCAUGGCUGAAUAGUCCCCAGCUUCCUUAAGCAUUAAUUUUAAU